AUGCCGAGCUGCCUCCUCCCCGGCAUCGCGCUACGCCCACCGCCGGCCGCUCUCCGCCUCCUCCUCCUCCGCCGCCGCUGCAGAAUGGCCUCCUCCGGGCCGACCCGCGCUUUCCAGCUCCGCGUCAACCCGCUCACCGGCGACUCCGAGUGGCUCGUUGUCGACGAGGCGGAAGCGGAGGCGCCUGCGCCGACCCACCACAAGCAGCUCCUCGCCGCCACCUCCUACCUCGACAUGCUCAACGAUGCCUCCCGCAACCGCGCGUACCGCCUUGCCAUCGACGCCACGGUCACGGACCCCACCGCCUGCGUCCUCGACAUCGGAGCUGGGACGGGGUUGCUGUCCAUGAUGGCUGCGCGAGCUUUGGCAGCUGCUGGAGGUGAAGGUAGGGGAAGCGUGUCAGCAUGUGAGUCCUACCUUCCAAUGGGCAAACUAACACGUAGGGUACUCAGAGCCAAUGGGAUGGAAAAUAAGGUCAAAGUAUUUCACAAGCGUUCAGAUGAGCUCAGAGUUGAGGUCGAGCUUGAUUCUCGAGCUGAUUUACUGGUAAGUGAAAUUCUUGAUUCUGAGCUGUUGGGUGAGGGUCUCAUACCUUCUCUACAGCAUGCGCAUGACAUGUUAUUGGUGAAAAAUCCAAAGACGGUUCCAUAUCGAGCUACUACGUAUGGAGUGUUAGUUGAGAGCACAUCCUUGUGGAAGAUGCAUGAUCUGCACAGCAAUGAAGCAAUUGCUGAAGAUGGUGUGUGGCUUACUCCUAGUGAUACACAGAAUGUUCUUUCUGUGAAGUCACAACAACAUGCGAUGCAAUGUGAUGCGCUGGCAGAUGAAAUAAGAUUGCUGUCAGAACCCUUCCAAGUUUUUGAAUUUGACUUUUCGAAACGGCCAGAUAGUCAUCGUGAAACAAAGAUUGAGAUAAAAGCAACUGCUGAUGGGCAUGCUCAUGCUAUUGUUUCAUGGUGGGUGCUUCAACUGGAUUCUGCUGGGUCAGUCUUUUACUCAACUGCUCCUAGAUGGGUGAGACAAUCCAGCGGUGUGGAUUUACCACAAUAUGCCAAUGGCACAAAGGAUUGGUGUGAUCAUUGGAAGCAGUGUGUUUGGUUUAUACAAGGGACAGGGGCUCCUGCAAAGAAAGAUCAAGCUCUUUCUUUGAGCGCUAGCCAUAACCAAACUAGCAUCUCAUAUCAGUUGAAUAUGAAUGGUGAAGGAAGUAGAAGCCCCAAAAGUAACCAUCUAACAUUGUUUCCAGAAAAGGUAGCACUUUAUGGUGAUAAAGGUUGGAGAUCAGCGUUGAUAAGUGUAAUCAGGAAUUCUAUGAGUGAAAGAUCCUCUCCGACCUGCAUUGUGGCUGAUGAUAGCGUGUUCCUAGCUCUCAUAGUUUCUUCUCUGUUACCGUCUUCAAAAGUUUUUACAAUGUUUCCAAGUCUUAGAGACAGGGGCUUCAACUAUCUUCAAGCUGUUGCAGAUGCAAAUAAUUUAUCCAUGGACCGGAUUAAAGUGAUUGGUAAAAAGGCAUCAUCCCUUACUAUGAAUGACUUAAAUCAUGAAAAGGUUAAUCUGAUAGUGGGGGAGCCUUUUUAUCAUGGAAGUGAAGGGAUGCUGCCAUGGCAAAAUCUGCGCUUUCUGUUAUUUGCUAUAGGAGUCACCCAGUGUAACACUCUAGUCCAAGUUGGUCCAUGUUUGGCUGGAAGUAGUGGUCUGAGUCCCACAUGGAAUGAAAGGACACUGCUUGAUCCAUUGCUAUCUGAGGAUGCAUUCAUCAUGCCUUGUAAGGGAAUAUUAAGAUUCUGUGCCAUGUCACUUCCGGACUUGUGGAGAAGCCGUCGUGGCCUUAAAGAUGUUGAGGGUUUUGACCACUCAGUUGUUAAUGAUACUUUAGGAGCCUGUGGUGACCUGCCUGGAGAUCAGCAAGGCCCUUGCCUACCUUAUUAUGUGUGGCAAUGCGGUUAUACCAAGAAAUUAAGUGAAGUGUACUCUCUCAUGGACUUCAACUUUUCUGAGCCUAUUCACUCUUGUUUUGGUGAAACAAAGAUUGAGUUUGGCCAAAAUGGAACAUGCCAUGGUUUUGCUGUUUGGAUCGACUGGGUACUUGACGAGGAAAAUUCCAUUGUGAUAAGCACCGGACCAGCUCAGAGAGCAGAUACUGGAAGCAAGGAGUGCAGCUGCUUAGCAAACCUGUACAAGUGA